UUUCAGGUAUAAAUAUCAGUUAGAAACUCCCUGCAAACUAUCCAAGAGGAGAAGGACAACAGGCAAGAUGCUUCCCUACAUUGCAUUCAUUGCUUUACUGGUCCUGUUUGGACGGGCUGUUGAUGCCCAGAAUAACACUGCGCAGCGGGUGGUGGGAGGGGUGACGGCCACACCCAACUCCUGGCCUUGGCAGGUGUCGAUCCGUAUUAGCUCCAGCAACUGCUAUCCCCACAACUGUGGAGGUGUCCUGGUUCACAGCCGCUGGGUUCUGACAACAGCCUCUUGUGCUGCAAGUGGCACUCUGGUUGCUUUCCUGGGUGAUCACAAUAUUUACGGGAUUGAGGGACGUGAGCAAAUCAUUCCUGUGGAAAGGAUCAUCAUUCACCCAAGCUGGACUAACAACCUUGCUGCUGGAUAUGACAUCGCUUUGCUCAAACUGAGUCAGAAUGCCGUCCUGAACUCCUACGUCGCUGUGGCAUCACUGCCCAGCAGUGGCGCCAUCCUUCCCAACAACAACUUCUGCUACGUCACUGGCUGGGGAAGCACCAGCACCUACGGCCAGCUGUCGGCCACCCUCCAGCAGGGCUACCUGCCCAUUGUGAGCUACGCCACCUGCUCCAGCAGCGCCUGGUGGGGAUCCACUGUUAAGACCACCAUGGUCUGCGCUGGUGGAGAUGGGUACAGAGCAGCCUGUUACGGUGAUGGUGGAGGAGCCCUGAACUGCUACACAAAUGGAAGAUAUGAGGUUCAUGGAAUUUCUACCUUCAUGUCUUCACUGGGCUGCAAUGUUUACCAGAAGCCCAGUGUCUUCACCCGCGUCUCAGCCUACACUAGCUGGAUCAGCAAUACCAUCGCCUAUAAUUAAGUGAUUCCGGGCAGCUGUGUAUGGACCACAUUUCUGACUGCAGAACAAAGCUGUCCCUGAUUUUCUGACAAGAAUAUCCCUACCGCACGUAACCGAAACACAUACAAGCAAUAAAACUUUAAAUGCUAAA